UUUAAUUGUAAAAUCAAAAAUUACACGUUGAAUAAUAAACAAUCAUAAAAUUCAUAGUGAUCAUUAUUAUUUUCAACAAAAUGUUGAAUAACUCAAUGGAUUAUGAGAAUAUGGAAGAUAUCUUACCGAACACAUCAAAUUAUUUUUCAUAUUGUAACCAGCGUGUGGAUAUAAAAACUCAUGACAGUAAUUUGAGAAAUAUUCAAACAGACAAUGAGAAUACAGUCAUGACAAAAGCAUCAAAACAAUUACAUUUUUCAAUAGAUGCCUUGCUAGAUUAUGACGAUAUUGAUGGCAAUGCUAAUGAUGAAAAUGGUGACAAUGAUGAUGAUAAUGCUGAUGAUGAUGAUGAUGACGAUGAUGAUGACGACGACAAUGAUGGAGAUAACGAAAAUAUCGACAAUGACAGUUGCAAUCAUUGUCGCAAUCUGGUUAAUUCUGAUGAAAAUAACUUAGGGUUCAAAAAUUCUAUUCAUCCAGAAAUCGACGGUAAUAAUUGUAACAAUAGUAACAGCGACGAUAAUAACAACCACCAUUUCAACAGAACCACCUCGUUACUCAAUGAAACUAAAGUCAAUAGUAAAAAAUCGCAUGGGAAAUCUAAUCAUGAUAUUGGAAGUGAAGAAAAGUUUACCAAUAAGCUUAAAAAACAUCAUGACGUUAAAUCAUCAAGAAUAAAUCAAAAUAAUAAAGUUUCUACAAGUUCACCAUCCUAUAAUUAUUCAAGCAAAGAUACUACUGACAAUAAUAUAAAUAAUAGUAAUCAUAUUGAUAAUGAAAUAAAUCAUAAUCAAAUGUCUUAUUUUAAGAAGCAUAACUUUUUUAAUUCAUUACACGAAUUAUCAUUUAAUGAUUAUUUAACAUUUGGUAAUAGUGCAAUUGGAUCUCGACCUAUUCCACAAAAGUGUACAUUGCGUAAGCAUAAACCAAAUCGUCGACCGAGAACUCCAUUUACAACUCAACAAUUAUUAGCAUUAGAAAGGAAAUUUCGUCAAAAGCAAUAUUUAUCUAUUGCAGAGAGAGCAGAAUUCUCAAAUAAACUAACAUUGACUGAAACACAAGUGAAAAUAUGGUUUCAAAAUCGUCGAGCAAAAGCUAAACGUUUACAAGAGGUUGAAACCGGCAAAUAUCAUCUAUCACCAAAUGAAAAUUUAGAGACAGCUUUAAUUGCAGCCAUGUCAUCAGCAAAUCAUGCAUCACAAUUAGGUACAACAAGUAGUAAUAAUAAUAAUGAUAAAAAUUAUACAGAUUCUGUGGAUAUGAUAGCUCAUGAUAUGACAUCAUUUCAUACUGUUCCAAUAUCACCACCACUUUCUAUAUCAUCAACACCGGUUAUUUCGUCUCCUUUAUUACCUCAGUCAAAAUUUCCUUUUCAUUCUGUGUCCACUUCUCGAAUUCCACUAUCUUCUAACACACCAAAUUCAUCACAUCAAUAUUUAUGUUCAUGUAUUUCUCCUAAUCACCAGUGUUCAUACAAAUCAACAGAACUGACUAGAGAUAAUAUUCUACAUCUUCCUACGACUAGUAUGCUUUCAUCUUUCUCAAAUUUAUCAUCACCAUUAUCCACAGACCAUUUGUAUACACAUAAUCAUCACCUUAACGUCAAUAAUAAUAAUAAUAAUAAUAAUAAUAAUAAUAAUAAUAAUAAUAAUGGCAAAGUACAUUCAAAUUAUGAUUGUGAACAAAUUUCAUUUAAUCCCAAUAAACCAAAGUUAUCAUCAAUUAAAAACUUUUCACAUGAUGACUUUCAACAUCAACUACAAAGUAUAGAAACAGUAAACUCUAAACAUUUUUCCACAACAAAUGUUGAUAAUAAUAAUAAUACGUCUCUUUUAUCCUUUACUAAAAGUCAUCCUAAUAAAAAUAUCCCUUCUAAUGAUAUGAUUACUACUAAUUGUAUUAAUAAGAACAAUUUAAAUGGUACAACACAUAAAACAUCAAAGCAUACAAUAUCUUAUUUUUCAAAUGGGCAACGAAUUGACAAUCAACAUGAUAAUCAUAGUAGACUUAUUAAGAAUGAUAGUAGCGAUAAUAAUAAUAAUAAUAAUAAUCAUGAUAAUAAUAAAGAUAAUUUAACGAAUAUGAAAUAUGAUUCUAUGCUUGAUUUUCAAUCAAUACUUAAUAAUCUUCAAUCCAAUUCAAAUGGGAUAAAUAAUUUGAAAACAGUUGAAACAUUGAAUGAUCCAUUGUCAUUGUUAUGUGCAGCUAAUCAUUACUAUCAACAAUAUAAUCAAAAUAAAGAAAUAGACCAUAAUUAUUCAAUUGAUUUAAAUAAUAAUCACAAUCCAAAUAACACAAAAACGUUAUUACAACCCGCUAUGAACGUUACUGAUUCCAGCAGGGUUGGUACAGUGUUGGAUUAUAUACCGAAAAACGAAUCCAAUUUGUAUCAGUCGAUAUUAACAAGCGAAUCAGCAGGGUCGAUUUCGUCCUCUCUUUCAUCACUGACAUCAUCAUUACCAGUUAUGUCAUCAACAUCAAUUUCUUGUUGUACUUCAACUUCCACUUCUUCAUCGUCGACCUUUCCAUAUAUAUCAGGAGAUAAAGAGAAGUUGACACAAGAUCUUGUCAAUAUGUUUUACUGUUCAACAUUCAAUUCAUUCGGCCAACAGCAAUCAAACUCACCCCCUACAUCAUCCUCAUCAUUAAUGCAAACGUUUACUCCGCAGAAUUUGAAUGACUUCAAUUCUUUUUUAUUUAAACGGCUGUUUUCAGAUAAUGUUUUUAGUCAAACGAUGAAUUUGUCAAAUUCACUAUUGAAUUCAUCAACAUUUUCAAAAUUCGUCCCUUCUGCACUGCAAUUGUCAACAUUUAUGAAUUCUUUAGGUAAUUUUAAUUCAACUCAAUCAUUGAUUAAUUUAACAUCUACAUUGUUUCCACUGUCUACUAACCCGUCAGUAGUGUUUUCUUCACAAAAUGCUAACUCUUUUGAAAAUUCUGAUGCAAAUGUUUCAACAACUGGAUUAUCUUCAUAUAUUCCAUGUACAACAUCUUCAUUGAUGCUAACGGAAUUUCAGAAGGAUACUGUUGAACAACAUUUUAAACAAAAUACCAAUAGUAUUAACGAUAAUCACAAUAAUUAUAACAAUGAUACACUUAUUCCAAUCUGAAAAUUUCCUGUUACUGUAAUUUCUGACACUUACCUUAUUUUCAG